CCCUUUUACUUUUCAACUGUGACGGAAAGUAAGAGCGAUAUCAAUGAGGUUGUUGGGCGUUGAUGUUGUCAUUGCACCUUCAGAUUCAUUCAUUCAUUCCACAUUCAGCAGAAGCAUGUCUUUGUCGGCAUCGGAGAUCGCUGCGAAGCUGAAUCUGCAACCUCACCCUGAAGGUGGCUUCUACGCCGAGACCUUCCGCGACCACUCCGUUCAUCUCUCCACUUCCCACCUUCCUCCCCAAUACAAAGUCGAUCGCCCCGUUUCCACCGCCAUCUACUUCCUCCUUUCUUCCGGCAACCUCUCCCGCCUCCACCGCAUCCCCUGCGCUGAAACCUGGCACCACUACAUCGGAGAAUCCAUCACCGUAGUGGAACUCAAUGAGCAAGAUUCCACUGUCAAGUUCACCCGCCUUGGAUCCGAUCUCGCUGACAAUCAAACACCGCAGUACUCUGUGCCUCCCAAUAUCUGGUUUGGUUCAUUUCCAACUAAGGAUUUCACCAUCUCUGCAGAUGGAGGAGGGUUUGUCAAUACCCCACCAAGAGAUGCUGAAACUCACUACUCUCUUGUGGGGUGUACUUGUGCUCCUGGGUUUCAGUUCAAUGACUUUGAGCUUGCUAAACGUUCUGAACUUGUUUCAAGGUUUCCCCAAUUGGAGGCUCUCAUCACUGCUCUCACUUUUCCAGAGUAACCACCCUUUUCCUCUCUUGCUGUUAUGAUUCAAGUUUGUAAUAUUACUACUACUUGCUUGCCAUUUGCCAAAAUGUUCUGUUGAUCAGUGCUUACUAUGAAUAAUGUAACCUUUACUUAUUGGCAUGUUUUCAUUGUAUUUAGUACUACUUUUUGAGGAUCAAAUAAUGAAUGUAGCUUUAGCAUGAUUGGAGAAAA